UGGCGCUGAACGCAGUUGUCUACGUUGCCCGUGUCGCCGUGGGCAACCGUAGAGGAGGAGGAGGUUAGGUUGUAGUAGGUUAAGUCUUUACUUGUCACCCAUACUGAUUUCAGUAUUCUGAUUUCGUAUUGGGGGGCAAUAUAAUAUGAAACGUUCGCGAAAGCAGAGCAGAAAUACAGAUACUAUGUCCUAUUUGCGUGACUGGAGACAGGCGUUGCGUGCACCCCAUGUGUAUAGGGUUGCCAACAGCACCUUUCGCAUUCAGAGCCAGUAUUUGGCAUUGAUUUUCCUGUUGUUAUCCAUUCCUGUGUUUUUACUAGGAUUCCCUUUGUUACGCGGCAGUCUGUACUCGUCGUCGUCGAAUGAACUAUUAUCCCAGUGCCGUUAUUACAAGUAUAACAAAACAUAUCCCUUGACCGCACCACUCAGAACGUCAAAGGGUAUCACCUACAGGAUAGCUAUCGUCAGUGACCUAGACCAUGACUCCAAAGUUUCCGACAGGAAAAACACAUGGUACAGCCUUAUGAAAACUGGAAGUCUCUAUUGGGAUCCCAGCACCAAUCUCAUAUCCAUUGUUUGGGACGACAGGAAUCAUAUGUUAACGUCGUCGUUGAGUAUGAAAGAACGUGGUAUGGAGUUAUCCGAGUUGAUCACUUUCGACGGACACUUGUUGUCUUUCGACGACCGUACUGGUGUAGUGUAUUUCAUUGACGGAGAAGAGGCUUUUCCUUGGAUCAUAUUGAUGGAUGGCAAUGGAAGGAAUUCUAAGGGAUUUAAAUCCGAAUGGGCGACUGUUAAGGAUGAGAAUUUAUAUGUUGGUAGUAUAGGUAAAGAAUGGACUACUGCUUCUGGAGAGUUUGAACACAGUAAUCCUCUUUGGAUAAAGGUGAUAUCUCCUCGAGGUGAAAUUUCUUCGUUGAAUUGGAUCUCGAAUUAUAAACGAUUGAGGCAAGCACUGCACAUAGAAUUUCCAGGUUACAUGAUCCAUGAAUCAGGAGCUUGGAGCGACGUUCACAAAAGCUGGUUCUUCCUGCCUAGACGAUGCUCCAAAAAUCGUUACAACGAGACCACCGACGAAACGAUGAGCUGUAACGUUUUACUAACGGCAGACGAAAAUUUCGUGGACAUCAAGGUGACGAAAGUCGGCAACUUGAUUCCAAUACGGGGCUUCUCGGCUUUCAAAUUCCUGCCUGGUUCGCAAGACACGAUCAUCGUCGCGCUAAAAACGGAAGAGUAUCAAGGACAAACCGCUACAUACAUUACUGCGUUUACGAUCGAAGGUGUCACGAUAUUGCCAGAAACUAAGGUGACGAACAAGAAAUUCGAGGGUCUAGAAUUUAUAUAACAUUCCAUCUAGGAAUAUCGUUAUUUCAUUGACAAAUAAGAACUGUAAAUAAUUGUAUCAAGUUUCUAGCUGUAUAUUAUUAAACAACGUGAAGGGAAACAACUGUGCAGGUGCAGUUCUUUCUAGUUGAACAGUAUUGCCCAUUUAACUAGAUCAAAAUAAUGAUUACACGAAACUUGUAAAUAUAUAUAUAUAUACAUAAACAUUUUGCAAACGUAUUUAAUUGCAUAUACAUAUAUGCAUACAUACAGAUAGUAACUAAGGAAACAUAUUUUAAAUAGGACACAUCCAACGAAGAUUGUUAAAUGAACAUUUGAAAUUAUGCA